ACUUCAUAGUAGUAGGGGCAGGGACAGCAGGUUCGCUGGUAGCCAGCCGCCUGAGCAAGCAGUGGUCUGUGCUACUGAUUGAAGCAGGCGGUGACCCGGGACUCGAUAGCGAGGUGUUCCUGCGUUUCUGUACAAUAAUCAGAAAACGGCCAACGAUUGGAAUUACAAAACUGAGCCAGAUGGCGCGAGCUGCCUUGGGCUUCGACACGAACGAUGCACAUGGAGCAAAGGAAAAGGACUCGGUGGGUCGAGUUCCAUCAACGCCAUGUUGUACGUCACAGGACACCGCACAGACUAUGAUAGCUGGGAAGCCGCUGGGAAUACAGGCUGGGGAUAUGAACAUCUCUCGUCGUACUUCGACAAAAUCGAAAACAAACUUAACUUGAACAACUACAACUUUAAUACUCACCCAUUUUACAAUUUGUUUGAACAAGCUUAUAAAGAAGCAGGCGUGUUACCAAUUGAUAAAUUAAGCAAUGAAGCCAUUAUAGGUACAAAAAUAAACAAACUCUUAAUAAGAAACGGGAAACGUUUGAAUACUGCUAAAAUAUUUAUAAACGAGUCUAUAAACCUGCGUAUCAUGAAAAAUGCCGUAGUGCGCAAGGUAAUUAUAGACGCUGAAUCUAAAAUUACCGUCGGCGUGGAGGUUCAAGUAGCCAGCGGGAAAAUUAUGCAAAUAAAUGUUAGGAAAGAAGUAAUACUAUCCGCUGGCUCUAUUGGCACACCGCAAAUUCUUAUGUUAUCAGGAAUAGGUCCUACAAAGCAUCUCGAAGAGAAGAAAAUAAUACCUAUAAUAGACUUGCCUGUUGGUCAAAAUCUGCAAGAUCAUAUCUUCUUUCCAAUAUACCUAACCAUUAAAGAGACUUUGUCAAUACCUCAAGAGGCAUUUACUUUCUUUGUGAUGCAAUAUAUUUUAACUAGAACUGGACCACUAUCUACGAUUGGAGUCACUGAUUUUAUGUCUUUUAUUAAUACAAGAGACAAAAGUAUUCCCAACAUUCAGUUUCACCACAUGUACAUCCCUAAAAACGACAAGUUAGUACUAAAGAUUUACAUGAACAAGACAGGCUAUAAAGAUAAAGUCAUAGAAGCAGUUGCAAAGAUCAAUAAAGAUUUUGAAUUGAUUGGAUUAUAUCCCACAUUGCUGCACCCGAAAUCCAAAGGUGAAGUAUUAUUAGCAGACAAUAAUCCUACAUCUAAGCCCGUCAUCAAAUCUAAUUAUUUUCGCGAUUUAGACGAUUUAAAACAACUAAUAGAAGGUGUAAGAUUUGUAUUCUAUGUUACAGAGUACAAAUACCUUUAAAGCACUUGAUGCACAAUUUGUCCAGCUUAAGCUACCAUUUUGUACAGAAUUUACGUUUAACACUGAUAAUUACUGGGAGUGUUACGUAAGACACAUGGCAACCACUAUUUACCACCCAGUCGGAACUGCAAAAAUGGGUACGAAAGAAAAUCUAGAUUCAGUCGUAGACGAUAAGUUAAUGGUGCAUGGAGUGGAGAGACUGAGAGUUGUGGAUGCCAGCGUGAUGCCGGACAUUGUGGGAGCAAACACAAUGGCCACGACCUUAGCCAUUUCUGAAAAGGGUGUUGAUAUGAUAAGAAAAGCACACGAUAUAAAAGAUGAAUUGUAAUUGUUAUAAAAUAUAGAAUCACCAUUAGGAUAGCAAGAGAAGUGUACUACUUAAUUAGAAGCAUUUAUUGAUAUAAAAUCGACGAAUCGGUAACAGGUAAUGCAAAAUGUGUCGUAGAGACCUCAUUGGAAUCAAAAGAUGAAAUGAGGAUUGUCUUUUCAAAAGGCCUUUUUUCUGUAAGUCAACAAGGUUUAUUUCUCUAGGAAGACAUAGAUAAAAAUAUCAUCUGUUUACUUAUAGAAAUAAGUCCUUUUGAAAAGACACUCCUAAAAUAGAAUAUCAGGAAGAAAUAAGAUCGAAUAUUCUUCGUUUUUAUUUAAAUAACCCGGUAGAAUAACUACAAAAUACCCUCUUGAGCCUUCAUAACAUACUCAUGUGCAUUGGCAUGUUCCACUGUGACAUUUUAACACCGUCAGCAUACUUAAUUUUAUAGUGCCUUCAGUGAUGCAACGUCAUGUUUACAACUCUUUUUAUUGAAGUUAUCUCACAGUGCAGUUUACUUGAUGGUAGGCUGUAAUAAACUGUUAAAUGCUUGUA